GAUAGAUGUUGUGAACAGUAGAAAGUACGGCAUAUCUAGGCGAUCUGAAAAACCCCGCAGUGUGGGCUGUACGUGCAAACACCCCCGCACCAGCACAGCCGCGCACACCGGCGCGCAGCGCGAUUCCGCACCCGCCCAAGAAAGGAAAAACCAUCAAAUCAAAAAUAUCAAAUAACCCCAAAGGAAAAAAAAAAAAAAACCCAACCCAUCCACAAACCCGAGGAGCAAAAGAAGGAAAGUUGUGCGCGUCCCUGCGCGCCGGGAGGGCGGAGGUGCCCACCAGUUGAUUUUACAUCCUGCCUUGUGCUUUCGCCGGCUUUUCUUGAUAUAUUUCAUUUAUUUUCUGCAACGGGAAAUAAACAGGUUGUCCUCCUUGCUGCAGGAUGAAUUAGGGAGGCAAAGCCUUUUGCUCUGAGCCAUGGAGACCAGGGCAUCCUUCCUUGCCAGCAUGAGAGAGACCCAGCAGCUCUCCCCAGAGCAGGAUCCCAGCCCUGCCAAUGGUGAUGGGGAGCAGUUUGAUUCAGAUGAGGGCUCCAGCAUUGAGGAUGCAGACUUCAACUGGGACGAGUUCCUGGAGGAGACAGGAGCCAGUGCUGCUCCCCACACCUCCUUCAAACAUGUUGAAAUCAGCCUUCAGAGCAGUUUCCAGCCAGGGAUGAAACUGGAAGUGGCCAACAAGAGCAACCCAGACACGUACUGGGUGGCCACGAUCAUCACCACGUGCGGGCAGCUGCUGCUGCUGCGCUACUGCGGCUACGGCGACGAGCGCCGGGCAGACUUCUGGUGUGACGUGAUGACAGCAGACCUGCACCCCGUGGGCUGGUGCACCCAGAACAACAAGGUGCUGAUGCCUCCAGAGGCAAUCAAGGAGAAGUACAUGGACUGGACAGAGUUUCUCAUCCAGGAUCUGACCGGCGCCAGGACAGCCCCUGCCAAUUUGCUGGAAGGUCCUCUGCGAGGAAAAAACCCUGUAGACCUCAUUACAGUUGAUUCCUUAAUAGAGCUGCAGGAUUCCCAGAAUCCCUUUCAGUACUGGAUAGUUAGUGUGGUUGAAAAUGUUGGAGGAAGAUUACGCCUUCGCUAUGUGGGAUUGGAGGAGACUGAAUCCUAUGACCAGUGGUUGUUUUACUUGGAUUGCAGACUUCGACCAGUGGGUUGGUGUCAAGAGAAUAAAUACAGAAUGGACCCACCUGCAGAUAUCUAUUCUCUGAAGACUAUAACUGAGUGGAAAUGCGCUCUGGAAAAAUCCCUUAAUGAUGCAGCAAAUUUUCCUCUUCCAAUGGAAGUGUUCAAGGACCAUGCUGAUUUGAGAAACCACUUCUUCACUGUGGGGAUGAAGCUGGAGGCAGUCAAUAUGAGGGAGCCAUUUCAUAUCUGUCCUGCAUCAGUGACCAAGGUUUUUAACAAUCAUUAUUUACAAGUGACCAUUGAUGACUUGAGACCUGAACCCAGCAAAAUCUCAAUGCUUUGCCAUGCAGAUUCCUUAGGGAUCUUGCCAGUACAGUGGUGCCUUAAAAAUGGAGUCAAUCUCACACCUCCCAAGGGUUACUCUGGCCAGGACUUUGACUGGGCAGACUACCAGAAGCAGUGUGGAGCUGAGGCAGCACCUCACCUGUGCUUUAGAAAUACAUCCUUCAGCCGUGGCUUCACCAAGAACAUGAAGCUGGAGGCAGUGAACCCCAGGAACCCUGCAGAGAUUUGUGUUGCCUCCAUCACCUCGGUGAAAGGACGGUUGAUGUGGCUGCACCUGGAAGGUUCACAGAUGCCCUCUCCAGAGUACAUUGUUGAUGUGGAGUCAAUGGACAUUUUCCCUGUUGGCUGGUGUGAAGCAAAUGCUUAUAACCUCACCCCACCACACAAAGCUGUCUUGCGAAGGAAGAGGAGAAUUGCAGUUGUGCAACCAGAAAAACAGUUACCAUCCACAGUGCCUGUUGAGAAAAUACCUCAUGACCUCUGCCCAGUUCCUCAGCUAGACACAACAGGCACCAUCAAUGGGAGGUACUGCUGCCCCCAGCUCUACAUCAACCACCGCUGCUUCUCAGGUCCAUAUUUGAACAAAGGCAGGAUUGCAGAGCUACCUCAGUCUGUGGGGCCUGGCAAGUGUGUGCUGGUCCUCAAGGAGGUUCUCAGCAUGGUGAUCAAUGCAGCUUACAAGCCAGGGAGUGUUUUACGAGAACUGCAGCUUGUGGAAGACCCUCAGUGGAAUUUCCAGGAGGAAACACUUAAAGCAAAGUACAGAGGGAAGACGUACAGGGCGACGGUGAAGAUCGUGCGGACGUCGGACCAGGUGGCAGAUUUCUGCAGGAGGGUCUGUGCCAAGCUGGAGUGCUGCCCCAACCUCUUCAGCCCUGUGUUGGUGGCUGAAGUCUGCCCCGAGAACUGCUCCAUCCACACCAAAACCAAGUACACUUAUUAUUAUGGCAAGAGGAAAAAAAUAAUUAAGCCACCGAUUGGGGAAAAUAACAACAUGAAAAGUGGCCAUGUCAAACCAGCCAGACGCAGAAAGAGGCGGAAAUCCAUCUUUGUGCAGAAGAAAAGGAGAUCAUCAGCUGUGGAUUCCAAUGCUGCAGGCUCUGCAGAGGAGAGCGAGGACGAGGAGGCGCCGGAGGACGAGACGGGCAGCGAGGAGACGAGCUCGGAGCUGCGCGAUGACCAGACGGACACGUCCUCGGCCGAGCUGCCCCCGGCCCGGCCGCGGCGAGCGGUCACCCUGCGGGGCAGCGCCGAGCCCGAGCGGGCCCCGGGCAGCGAGCGGGCCCGGCGCAGCCGCAGGGCCCAGCCGCGCGGCCAGGCCGAGAGCGCCGCGCCCGCCAGGGAGGAAAUUAAGCAAGAAGAGGAAGAGAAACUCAUUCUGGACAGUAACCCACUGGAAUGGACUGUCACUGAUGUUGUGAGGUUUAUUAAACUCACUGACUGUGCACCCCUUGCCAAAAUAUUUCAGGAGCAGGACAUCGAUGGGCAGGCCCUCCUGUUGCUGACACUGCCCACAGUGCAGGAGUGCAUGGAGCUGAAGCUGGGACCAGCCAUCAAACUGUGCCACCAGAUCGAGCGAGUGAAAGUUGCUUUCUAUGCACAGUAUGCCAACUGACUGCACUUCUCCAUCCCUUCUGUCCCCUCCUUGCUCCCUGUCUUUUUUACCAUUUCAGCUUGUUCAAGGGGUUUUUUCCCCCAUAUCCUUUUUCUUUUCCAUGAACAAGUGGAAUUGGAAGCACUGGGAAUUAAAUCCAUAGGGGGAAGAAAAACAAACACAAAAAGAAAAUGAGCUACAAAUGGAACUAAGUUUUCUGUACUUGUAAAGCACAUGGAAAGACUGCUGGCAUCUCUCCUCAUGAGCCUCUCCAACCCAUUGCCCAGUGGUGCAAAGCCAGCAUGAAACAGGUGGUUUGUCACCAAACCAAACCUACCAGUGGCAGACACAUUCCCAGGGAGAAGGGUCAGACAUUUCCAGGUGGCCAUGGUUUGUCUUGGACAAUUUCUGGACAUGAACAUUUCUUUUAGACAACUCUGACACUCUUCUUUCAUAUUGAAAUGUAAGUCAUCAUUUGUAGCAUUACCUGGGGUUUAACUGCAGGUUUGACCUUGGUGAUCAAUGGACUUUUUCUUUUUUUCCUCCCACCUCUCUGGUUUUACAAAAGGAAAAAGAGUUAUAUCAGGCAUAUAAUGGUUAUUCCUUGCUGAAUUUUGAGAGGGGACUCAAGCCAUGGUCUCUGUGAUAUCUGACAAAAUUGCAGUGGACUGACAGGAGUGACACAAGACCUGGUGGGGACAGCAGCACAUCCUGAGCCAUGCUGGCUCUGCACAAUCAGCUGAACAUCUCUGUGAUAGGAUCUGUACAAUGCUCCUAGUACAGGAACAUGAAGACUUUCAUAGUCAAAAUCUUAACUCUUAAAUCCAAGUCAAUUUAAAGACCUGUCUUUGAGCCAUAUGGUGACAGCAGACUGGGAUCAGGGACUCCCUGUGCUCAGAAGAACCUACUGACCAACACCAGGGUGCAGCUGCUACAUCUCCAUUUCCAUUGGUUUCCUUCUUAAAUUCUUUGGAGAAGAGGGAGACCUUCAGAUAUAAAUACUCUGGAAUACAUCCAGUUCUUGCCCAGAAAGUGUUUUAGGCAAGAAGCAUUGACUCUGCCAUGUAUCACUUGGGAAUUUCCAGCUUGUCUUUCAGCAAGUUUCCUGAUUUGUCUCUGAGGAAUGGGAUGGGUGCAACUGCUGCAGGCUGAACCAGAUGCUGAGAAUUCAUCAGAAAUGUGCAUACAUGGGAGAUGAGCAGGACUGGAUCUGUUCUCAGCUGUUGCUUUGUUCUGAAGAUCUUGUUCAAGUUUUAAUCAGUUCAAGGCAGUAUUAGUUGCCUGUGCAUCAAAUGAUGGGGUUUUGUUCUUCAGAAACCCAGGGACAGGGUUCUGUAGUGGGGCAGAUGUUAAAAAAAUGGGGUUUGGACUGGAUUUCCUACUGACAGUAGUAGUGAAAUGUGUCAGUGCAACUGAUUUGAGAAUUAAUUUGGAUUCCUCUCGGGUUCCCUAAAAGUGUUGCUCAGUGUUUCGCCUCUGAAGACAGAAGGAAAGUGAGAGAACAGCUGAGAAAACCAGAGAGGCUGCUGCUCCCAGCUCCUCCUCACUUCAGCCCAGUCCUGGUGUUUCAUCUGUCAGCAGGAGACAGCUCCUGGGAGGAUUCUGUCAGGAGAGCUGGAGCAUGAGGACAUUCCAAGGAAGGGAAGCAGAAAGGCUGUUUGCUAAACAGCAUCCCAGCACUGAUCCUUUACUCCUCAAAUCCAGCUUCUGCUGCUGCUCUGAUGUUCUUGGAGUUCCUGGCCUCUGGGAUUUGUCAGAGACAUUUAAUGCCUUCUGGGACACACUGCAAAAAUGUCAUUAUUUGUCUCCAUCAGCCUUGUAACUGUAGAUAUUCCUAUGGCAGCUAAUUCCUCGUGGAGGCAUGACUGGGGAGCAGACACACACAGACUGACAGCAGCCAGCUCUAGUGCUGGCCAGCCAGGGAAUGGGUGAAGCAUUGAGCCAAGAACAUGGGAAUCUUUACUGGUUGUUCAGGGAAGUUAAAUCAUAUUCAAAACUCAAACUAUUAAACAACAGAAAAAAAGUUUUAAUUUUAUCUUGCACCGGCUCUUUUAUUUCCACAGGUUUCUCUCCUUUCACUACUUGUCUUUCACUUUACUUUUCUUCAGUGUUGCCUCAUUUAUCUCUUUCUGUCCUCUCAGAGAAAUUGAUAACCAGAAAUUAUGCUAAAAUCACCUUGGGUGUUAAAUACUUUAUUAUUUCCUUUGAGUCUGCAGGUUGGGAAGAGAUACAGGAUUGGGAUUGUCUGUUGCAUUGAUUGCUUUCCAGAAAAGCUGGAGCUGAACUUGGGCCAUCUUUUAUACAAGUGGAGAAUGGCUGGUGUGGAGUUUAACUGGGCAGUAUGCUCAGAUGGAGCAGAGAUCAGAAGGAACUAAUUACUCUUGCCUGGAUUUCCUUUCAAUUCUGGAACAUCAGCAAAGCUUUGGAGUAAUGAACUUCAAAGGAAAUGAUGGAAAUCCAAUCUUGCUAGAGUAAAAUACCACUUUACUUUGCAAUGUAGAAGUGUAAACUGCUGUAAGUUUGUGGGGGUUUCUGUUACAGGUCUGAUUGAUUCUAAGUUAAAUUCAGAACUGCUGCAUUUUCAGAACUCCACUAAUGACAGUGGUGAAACCACAUCUCCCCUCCCUGUUGUGAAUUUGGCAUCCAGGCUGAAGUUUAUUUUGAUAUCAGCUGCAAAAGGCAGUGAGUGAAGUGCUGAGCUUGGUUAUCCAAGGCUGUUUUCAAGGGCUGGGGAGCAGCUCUGCUGUUAUUUCUGGGCUGUGGGAUGCUGACCUUCAGCACACUGACACUUUGCUCCCACAGGAAGGCUGUGCAGGUGUUACAGGACUGCCUUCAGGCAUUGGACCAAAGGUGGGCAUUUUUGGAACAAAAUUAGGGGGCUGAAGAGUGUAUGGUGCCUGCUCAUCUUUAUCUGCACUGGCUUCUUUGGAGCUUGCUCUCAGGCUGAGCAGAUCCAUGGGCAGGUCUCUGCUCCCUUCACCUUGACAGAAUCAGCCAGUUCCCACUUUUCAGGCCCAAAGUGUCCAUCUCUGAAUUUGGAUGAAAUCAUUCAUUUGUCCAUGAUUGCCUUGUUGGUUGUCCUGCCUUCCUCCUCCUGUCUUGGAUGCCCUUCAGGAGAAGUGAUCUUUGGUUUCAGGGCUUUUCUUCCCUUUUCAGCACAUAAAUACAGCUUUUAGGCUGACCAAACCCUGGCUUUUCCUGCCCCUCAGAGGCACAAAGGCUUCUCAGCUCUGAGGAGGAUUUCAGGGUUUCCAGCUCUUUUGUGUUACCCAUUUUCCAUAACCCCUGAUAGUUUGGUCCUGCAGGGUGCAGAAACCUCCUAAAAAUGCUGUGUGCCCUCAGAAAACACCAAAGUCCAGCCACAGCCUGUCCUUAGGGAAGGAUCCAGUGGGUGCAUGUCCUAGCUGAGAUGGCCUGACCCACCCUGACAGGGCUAUUUGGUUUUCUGCUGGGAUUUUAAAGGUUUCUCAGUGGGACACAUCCACUUCUCUAUUUUACUGUGGGCAAACAGCUAAUUUGCCUUAAACUGGGAAGUCACCAUUCCUUGGCUUUACCUUUCAGCCUGUUGCAGUCCCAGCUGUGUGAUAUCCCCAUCUCAGCCUUUUGAAGGCAAACCAGGCAAUGUUGGGCUGCCAGAAUCAACAUUUAGUCUCCUUAGAGCCUGCCUUGCUCUUUUUCAGGGCACAAAAUCGAAUUUGGCAGAGCUGCUGUGCCAUCUCAGUGUUCCAGAAGCUCUGUACAAUCAGGGCACUUCAAAAACUUUGUGUUUUUCUGGUGCAGUGCAUCUGGAGCACAGUGAACUCAGAGUGUUCCUCUUGUUUCCAAGUUCAAGUGCCAAAAGAGAACAACAUGCUGCAAGUGAACAUCAUUAAAACCAGCUUUAUUACAUGUGGAUAAAUACAGUCCCAAGGGCUCCAUUUUGGUGCUAAGAUAUAUCAUGCUGUAGUUUCCAUUGCUUGGGAUUGCAAAGCUGAUUCCUUAUUCCAGGAAAUAUUUUCUGUAAUCUGCAACAUCUUGAACAUUAGGAUUUUUUUUUUUUCCUUGUGACUGUUUACUUUUUAACUUGGAUACACUCAACAAAUAUUCCUUCACCCACAGUCCUGGGAGUUUUGGAGAUGUUUUAUACAGUACAUUUAUGUAAAAAUUCUUUCAAAAUGUGGAUGCAUGUAUAUUUUCCCCUCAGUAAUACUCUUCAUUACAUCAGCUGACCCAGAACUAAAGGAAUCUGUUACUCAGGAUUUGAUCCAUAAAAAACUGAGGUUGGUGUUAGGGCCCUCAUAGAUGUGUGGGCUGUGGGACCAGUUCUUCACCAGUUUCUCUCACAUAGAAGUCAAAAAGUCUGCACUUAAUUAACAGAAAAUUUAAAUGCCUUUUUCUCCUAGCAGGCAGAAAUGCAGCUGCAGCCUGCCAGACUUCACAAGAGAGGGCUUGUGUCCUUAGGUGCUCAUGAACUCCCAAUAAAGGAGCAGAAGCCUUUAAUGGUCUCAUUUAUUCUUUGGUACAAUACUCCAGCAAGAAGUGUAAAUGGUGUUAAUGGCUGCAUAUAGAAUAUGAGCCAGUCAUCAAAGAUGAGAAUUUUAUAGCCCAGCAGUGCUUUAAAUGUCAGCUGUCCUGCAGAAUAAGAGUGGUUUUGCAGUGAUUUGGUGCCAUGCACAGGAAUUCUCUUGCAGAAGACACCUGAACUGCACAUACCUGGGUCAUAGUUACAGAUACUCGUGGCCUUUCUCUUUUUUUAGUCUCUGGUGUUAAUUUUUGCAGUGAAAAAGGUAAGUCUUGGUCACUGCCAAGGAUGUGGGAGAGGGGAGAGAGGGCUUCAAGAGGAGAGAGCCUGGAGUUGUGGGCAUGAGUAAAAUACAACACUUGAGUUGUCUUUGUGGAGAGGGACUUCUCAGAACAGAAGCACAGCUGGGGUCUGUGAGCAUCACUCCUGAAGGCUUUUCUUUUCCACAGCAGAGAUGGUUUCUGAGUCCCAGCAGGGGCCAGGUGAGAGGAGGGAAAGGAGCUGGCAGUAGACUCAGAACUACAAUGCUGAAAGGUUCUAAUUUUGUUUUCCCAGUGGAGAUGGAGAAAUCUGGCUCAGAUGUCUCCAGGCUCCUUGGCUGGAUAGGAGGGGAAAUUAGUCUUUCUUCAUUGUACCCAACUCCUGUGUGUCUUUUGGGGGCUGAAGACUCUCUUCUUGCACCUUCCAGACCUCCAUGGGAAAUACCAGGCUAAAACUUGAACUCUCUCCCACAGGAAAAGGUGACACUGCCCUGAGUUCAGGUUGUGGAUUUACAAAACACUCUGCUCUGUGUUGUGAUGUGACAGGAUGAAAAUUCUCAUUCCCAGGGCACCCCACCUGCUUCUUACUGCUCCAGCCUCACUGGAGAUUAUGGACAUGUAGAUGUCUGUAGUUUGUACAUUGUAAAUGUGUGCAUUCCAUUUCCCAAUCCCUGUUCUGCCACACCUGGCCAGGAUGUGCCAGGUUGUUCCAGGGACCUGGAAAACCUGGGGAAUGGUUCCAUGAAACUCUCACAUGCUCAGGCAGGGGUGUCCUGUGUGUCCCAAAGGAGGUGAAAGUCUCAAAUGCAGCCUUGGAGGGGAGUUGAGUUUUUUCAUGUGCCUUGUGUUUAACAAGGCAAGCCCUUAAACCCUCCUGUCUCUCCUGGAGCAGCAGGAAUUGGCUCCACAACCAGCACUUACACUCCAUUCGUGGUGGUGCAUGUUGGAAAACUUUGAAUUGUUUUGCAUUCCAGUUUGUACUGAAGGUUUUGACUCCAAGUUUGUGUACAUAAUCCCUUUGGUGUGUUGAUACCUAUGUGUGUAUAUAUAUAUGUAUAUAUAUGUGUGUGUAUAUGUAUGUGUAUAUAUAUAUACAUAUAAAUCAAUCAAUGCUGGUGUUUUUACUUUUUAAAGUUCCCAGGGCCAAGGGCAUGUUGUCAGUUUGCUGUAAGAUUCUAUUCUGUAUAUAUGUUUCCAUGUAAAUAAGUGAAAAUCUAUAUUCAGAGUUAUAUUUUAAUUUUUAUUCAGAAUGAAAUCCCUUUUUACUUGAAACAGUUGUAAGCCACGUUGUUAAUAAAGUAACAAUA